AUGGAACUAGAUACUUGGAUGAGUCAGGAAGAAACCAGGUUAGCCCAACAAGCAAAACAAUCCUGGUUAGAACAAGGGGAAGCCAACUCAAUUUUCUUCAAGGCUUUAGCGUCCAAAAAGCAUAAGGUCAUCCGUGAGAUGAAGAAAAGUGAUGGGGUUUGGCUAAAAUCAUCGGAAGAAGUUCAUCAAGGAGCGACAGAUUUCUUCCAAACCUUCUUUGCCCCGAAAAAUUCUGGAGUCCCACCGGAAGAAGUUCAUCAAGAAGUUAAAGCCGCCUUACUCUCCAUUCCAAGUGAUAACAGUCCCGGCCCGGAUGGCUUUGGUUCGGAUUUCUAUAAAUCUUGCUGGGAUAUUGUGGACAACCCAAAGGAGUUUGACAAGUUUCGCCCCAUCAGUCUCUGUUCCGUGUUUUAUAAAGUUCGCACGAAGAUUCUUGUUGGGUGUCUAUCCCCUUUGCUUUCCAGGAUGAUUUCUCCUGAACAGGGAGAGUUUAUCCCAAGCAAAAGCAUCUUUGAGAACAUAAGCCUCACUCAGGAGAUGAUCCAUAGUAUCAAUAAACCAGUUCGGAGUGGAAAUGUGGUGUUAAAAUUGAUAUGGCUAAGGCAAACGAUAGUGUUGAUUGGAAUUUCUUACUUCACGUUUUAUCUGCUUUUGGUUUUUUUGAACUGCAAAGCAUCAGUAAGAGCCAUUGCCAGAACGUUGAAGAUAUAUGAAACAUGGUCUGGCCAGAAGGUGAAUAAAGACAGGUCCUCUAUCAUAUUUUCAAAGCAUAUCACAGUUGCUAGAAAGAGAUCCGUGCUUCGUAUUACCGGUUUCUCUGAGGGAACCCUCCCUUUUAAAUAUUUGGGUGUUCUAAUUAUUUAUGGAAGACUAAAAUUGGUUCACUUGGAUGAAGUAGUUGGAAAGAUUCGGGAGAGGAUUGAUGGUUGGAAGGAAGGCAAACCAAAGAAACAUUGGAGAGCUUGGGAUAGGAUGUGUAAACCCGUGCAAGAAGGUGGAGUUGGGAUUCGUAACAUUGCUGAAACUCAGAAAGCACUACACAUGAAAUUCGCUUGGAAGAUUCUAAUGGAGAAUUCCCAGUGGUCUCGGUUCUUCAAAGCAAAAUAUGUGAAGUCAAACCAUAUAUCUCUGAAUGAUAAGUGGUUGGGCGAGGAUGCACUGGGGAAGCUUUUACCUAUUAACGGCUCCCAUAGGCUUCAAGUGAAGGAAUGUUUCUUGGAGUCGGGUUGUGAUUUAGACAUGCUUAACAGUCUAGUAGAGGUCGGUAAAAACAGAGAAAAUAGCAAAUCGGUUGAGUAA